AUGUCUGCUCAAUCUAACAUUAAUCCUCUUCUAACUCCUUAUAAGUUGGGCAAUUUCAAUCUUUCUCACAGAGUUGUUUUAGCACCAUUAACCAGGGAGAGAUCAUACGACAAUGUUCCUCAGCCACAUGCUAUAUUGUAUUAUUCGCAGAGGACUACCAAAGGGGGCCUUCUUAUAUCUGAAGCCACCGGAGUUUCUGAUACUGCUCAAGGGUAUCCUCAUACUCCAGGAAUUUGGACCAAAGAACAAAUAGAGGCAUGGAAACCUAUUGUAGAUGCUGUUCAUGCCAAAGGUGGCAUCUUCUUUUGUCAAAUUUGGCAUGUUGGCAGAGUUUCAAAUUCAGGUUUUCAGCCAAAUUGGCAGGCUCCAAUAUCUUGCACAGACAAUGGCAUUGAUUAUGCAGAUUUCACACCUCCGAGGCGAUUAAGAACAGAUGAAAUUCCUCAAAUUGUGAAUGAUUAUAGGAUUGCCGCACGGAAUGCCAUGGAAGCCGGUUUCGAUGGAGUUGAGAUCCAUGGGGCUCAUGGCUACUUAAUCGACCAAUUUAUGAAAGAUCAGGUGAAUGAUCGUACGGAUCAAUAUGGCGGAUCUCUAGAAAACCGCUGUCGUUUUGCUCUCGAAGUUGUUGAAGCUAUAGUCAACGAGAUAGGAGCAGAUAAAGUUGGAAUUAGGUUAUCUCCAUUCGCUAACUAUAUGGAAUCAGGAGAUUCGAAUCCUGAAGCUUUGGGACUCCACAUGGUCGAAUCGUUGAACAAAUACAAAAUUCUUUACUGCCAUAUGGUCGAGCCAAGAAUGAAAACGGUCAGCGAAAUUUCUAAAUGUACUGACAGUCUUUUGCCUCUAAGACACGCUUUCAAUGGUACUUUUAUUGCUGCUGGAGGUUAUGACAAGGAAGACGGAAACAAAGCUGUUGCAGAAAACCAUGCAGAUCUUAUCGCUUUUGGUCGUCAUUUUCUUGCUAAUCCAGAUUUACCUAGGAGUUUCGAACUUAAUGCUCCUUUGAACAAGUACCGCAGAGAUACAUUUUACACUUCUGAUCCUAUGAUUGGUUACACUGAUUAUCCAUUUCUUGAAACCACUCCUUAAGGAUAUAAACAUUUUAUCCCAAUGGUAUAGUUCAUUUUAC